GGCCGGUCGCAAAGCACCUCUCGUUACUUGUAUUUAAAUUUAAAAUUAAGAAUAUUUCACGAAUUAUGCAAAUCUGACGUAUCCUUCGAAUUUUAAACGAGAUCGCCACAGUUUUUUUAUUUCCUCAGUGGCAAAAGUGAUAAGUGAAGAUCAAGUUGAUUUGUGAUGGCGCCUAAAAUAAAUAAAAUAAAUGCAAGCCACGCGUCCAGUAGCGAAAGGCGGGAGCACCUCUACAAGAUCCUGGUGAUCGGAGAACUUGGCACCGGGAAGACGUCCAUCAUCAAGCGCUACGUGCACCAGUUCUUCAGCCAGCACUACAGAGCCACCAUCGGGGUUGACUUCGCGCUGAAAGUGCUGAAUUGGGACGCGAAUACGAUCAUACGCCUGCAGCUAUGGGAUAUAGCAGGUCAGGAGCGCUUCGGCAACAUGACACGAGUGUACUACAAGGAGGCGGUCGGCGCGUUCAUAGUUUUCGAUGUGUCGCGAGCGGCCACCUUCGACGCCGUGGUCAAGUGGAAGGCCGACCUUGAUUCCAAGGUGCAGCUGCCCGACGGAUCGCCCAUACCGUGUAUAUUGCUGGCUAACAAAUGUGAUCAGCAGAAGGAGGGCAUAGUGAACUCUCCCGCCAAGAUGGAGGAGUACUGCCGGGAGAAGGGGUUCGCGGGCUGGUUCGAGACCUCCGCCAAGGAGAACAUCAAUAUAGAGGAGGCGGCGCGCUCACUAGUUAAUAAGAUUCUUCUAAACGACAAAUUACUGCAGAGCAACGACAAAGACGCCGAAAAGUUCGCUCUCGACCACAAAAUCGCGAAUGGCGACAACAACAGAGACGCAAGCAGCAAGUCCUGCGCCUGCUGAUCUAUGUCCAGUACAAAUGAGGACUUGAGGAUGUAUGCGCAACGGUGUAUUGCAUGAAAUUACAUAAAAAAAGGCGAUUAAAAAACUAGCACCGUGAAUGUCAAAUCAAAUGUGUCCAAAUCGAAAUUUGAAAAUUGAAUGUCUUAGAACACAAAACUACUGACACAAUUUAUAUAAUUAUACAGUAGACUAUCUUCAUACUAAACUGUCU